GAAACUACUGUGUUGCUCCUUCUUGGUCUCCUACAGAAGUUCUAAGCUAUGGGAUCUCCUGCCACCAGACCCAUCCCUGCCAUGACUUGGAGUCUGGCUCUGGCUCUGAGCUGGGCCUCCUGUGGACACCAAAGAGUUUGGACAAAAGUAGAAGAGUCCCCAAACUCCCUAUCUGUGCAGUGUUGGGCUGUGAGGUAUCCCAAAGCCAUAGACUGCUCCUGGACCACCGGCAAAGCAACAGAAAUGACUCCUGAGUCGGAUUUGCAAGCCUCAUUUAUUGCUACUUACAGAUUCGGGAUGAUCACCCAAGGAGAGACGCAUCCCUGCCUCCAGCCUUCCCGUGAGGCCCGGAGCUGUGUCAUCCCCGACAUCCAGAUGUUCUCCAUGAUCCCCUACAUACUCAAUAUCACAGUGAUCACUCAGCAAGGAACCAGAAGUAAAUUGGUUCCCUUCAUCGCAGAGCAUAUAAUUAAACCUGACCCCCCGGAAUCUAUGAGUGUGAGUCCUAUCCCUGGCAAGCAACUCCGGGUGCAGUGGGAGCCCCCCCAUUCCUGGCCUUUCCCCAGGUAUUUUCCACUCAAGUACCUGAUCCGUUACCAGCGACAGGGGGCCAAGAGAUUCCAGCAGAUCAUCAUCUACUCAGUCAUCAAGUGGAUCUUCCCAAGGCACAGGUUUGCCCAUCAUCCCCCUACUCAGUAAAGCGGUCUCCCUAGGAACUGCAGAAUCAAGUAGAAAGCCUCUGGUUUGGGGAGCCCUUCUUCAGCCCGCAGCAUCCCUCCGUCUGACACCGUACGGUGUCCUCGCUGCGCCUCCUGGCUUUCUCUGGGACUCAGCUCACCGGCUUCUGCCCUCCUCCAGAUAACCUCUAUUUAUACUGUUCGCGCCUUGUAAAUACAUAAUGUUUGCGUAUUGCCUCCCCCGUUAGGCUGUGAGCUCCUUGCAGACAGGAGGUUCUUAAGUUUCUCCUUGCGUUGCAUCCCCUGAACCAAGCAGUGAGCCUUAAUAGGGCUGGUUGAUUGAAUCCUCCCCAGGAUUACGCCUUUAGCCCUAUGGAUCCUUGACAAAUUGGGCUUCAGGUUCACAUUUUGCUUGCAAGGGGUCAGGAGGAAAAGGAGGAAAGGGAGGAAGGGAGGAAAAGAACAGGAGAAGCAUCAUAGAACAUGGAAUGUCAGCAUAGGAAAGGAUCUUCGAUUAAUUCCACCCAUUUUAUUGACGGGAAAACUGAGACCCAGGGAGGGGAAAUGAACUUCCCCAAGUUCAAUCACACAGUGAGAGCGCGUUUCACUGGAACCCAGAUCUCCUAACUUCUGGCCCCUUAAAUUGCUCAGAGAGGGCUUCGGGGGCCCAGCCGGAAGAAAAUUAAAUCAAUAAAUGGCGGGAUGCACACACGCAUGCGCAUAAAAUAGGCACGAAAGCGCUGGUGAAGGGCGCGGGGCAGGGCGGAGGCUCCGGACUUCCUUCUCUGGUCCCGGGUUUUAAAAGGUUUUUCCCUGGGGAGGGAUCGUUCCUGUGUCUGCGGAACCUUCGCAGCGGCGAGGCCGAGGCGCCAUCGGACCCCAUAAGGAAAAGAACCCUAUGUAAAGGACGUGAGGGGGAGGGAGAAAGAACGGGGCAUAC